UCGACGCCACCAUCGCCUGAAAACGCGCCUCCCCGCUCAAAUCCCUUCCUGCCUUCCUCUCCCCGCCUCCCAAUUGCAGCACCACUCCAUCGCUCCUAUUCGCGUAGGCCCACGGACGUACGGUCGCCGGCACCAUGGAAGGUCAUGGUCGGCGGCCGCAGCCCAUCCUCGUCGUUCUCCUCUUCGUCCUGGCUCGCCGCGCCCUCACUUCCCCUGACGCCGACGUCCUCCUCACCUUCAAGGCAACCAUCACCGACGCCUCCGCGGCCCUCGCCACAUGGCGCCCCGACUCCGAACCCUGCGUCGGAAAAGUCACCAAGUGGACCGGCGUCAUCUGCGACGGCGACGGCAGCGUCGUCGGGCUACGGCUCGAGAACAUGAACCUCGCCGGCGUCAUCGACGUCGGCCCCCUCGCUGCCCUCCCGCGCCUUCGCUCCUUCAGCGUCAUGAACAACGGCUUCGCCGGCACCAUGCCGGAGUUCGGGAAGCUAACCAGCUUGAAAUCCGUGUACCUGUCGACGAAUAAGUUCUCCGGAGUGCUUCCCGACGCGGCAUUCUCCGGCAUGGGAUGGCUCAAGAAGCUCUACCUCUCGCGCAACCAAUUCACAGGGUCGAUUCCGGCGUCGGUGGCUGGGCUACCGAGGCUGCUUGAGCUGGGGCUGGACAGCAACGAAUUCAGCGGUGCCAUCCCGGAGUUCCGUUCCAAGGAGUUGAAGAUGGUGAACUUGUCCAACAAUAACUUAGAGGGAAACAUCCCGGAGAACCUUCGCAAAAUGGACGCAACUCUCUUCGCAGGUAACAAAGGACUAUGCGGUGAACCUCUACAAGUCUCAUGUUCAUCGACAUCUCCGUUGCCAUCUCCAUCUUCUUCAUCGUCUCAUUCUUCUCGCCUUGUGCUCGCCCUAGAAAUAGGCAUCGGCCUGCUCCUAGUGAUCAUCGUCGUCGUCGGACUCGCGGUGCGUAGUCGAUCAGCCAAGAACCGUGACGAGCUCCCAACAAAGAAGAACCCUGCAAAGAGUACUAAAAGAACCAAAGAAGAGUCGAUGGAAGAGGGGUCAACACACUCUACCACCAGUAGCACCGGUAGCAACGCCAGGAGGAAAGCCAUGAAGGAGUCAGAGCAAGGGAGACUGAUCUUUGUGCGGGAGGGCAUGGGAAGAUUCGAGCUCCAGGACUUGCUCAAGUCUUCUGCAGAGGUGCUGGGGACCGGAAGCUUCGUCACGUCCUACAAGGCCUCCUUGACCGACGGCACCCCCAUGGUGGUCAAAAGGUUCAGGAAUAUGAACAAAAUGGGGAAAGAGGACUUCGACGAGCAUAUGAGAAGGCUAGGGAGGUUGUCGCACCCCAAUUUGCUGCCUUUAGUAGCUUAUUAUUACAGGAAAGAUGAAAAACUAUUGGUCACUGGCUAUGUCGCUAAAAGGAGCUUAGCUGAUCUACUCCACGGUAAGGAACAAACGACGUCGAUCGAUUGGUCUACGCGGUUGAAGAUAGUGAAAGGAGUGGCCAGGGGGCUAAAUUACCUCUACGAAGAGCUGCAGAUGCUGCUCGUGCCCCAUGGCGACUUGAAGUCGACCAAUGUUCUCCUGAGCGACUCCUUUGUGCCUCUGCUCACCGACUUCGCCUUCGUCCCGGUGAUGAACCAGUCGCACGCCGCCCAGUUCAUGGCCGCGUUCAAGUGCCCCGAGUACAGGCAGCAUGAGAAAACGAGCAAGAAGAGCGACAUCUGGAGCUUGGGGAUGCUGAUUCUCGAGAUCGUGACAGGGAAAUUACCCUCCGCGGAGCUGCAGAAGGAGAAGGGCGAAGUGGACUUGCCGAACUGGGUGAGGUCGGUGGAUCGGGAAGAGUGGCGAAGCGAGGUCGUCGACAGCGGGAUGAAGGCGACGGCGCAAGGACAGGAGGAGAUGCUCAAGCUGCUGCAGAUCGGACUGGACUGCUGCGAGGAAGAUGCUGAGAGAAGGUGCGAGUUGGAGGAAACUCUUGAUCGGAUUGAAGCGCUGAAAGAAGAGGGAAAUGGAGGAGAUUUAUCACUCAUCGACAUCGACUGAUCGAUCGAGAGCAAAGACACGGCGAAGAAUGUCGACGGAGGGAGGAUCUCAAGCUUUUGCAUUGUAAUAAUUAAUCAGGAGAAUGAGAAUGUUAACAAAGAUCACUUUCUUCUCUUUUCUAAACUCAAAAACUUACAGAAGUUGUUGGUGCAACAUUUUUUCCUUGAUAUGCACAGUUUUU